AGAGGCGGGGGAAGCGGGUGCUCCGGGACGAGCCUCCCGUGGGUCCCCGCCCCCGUCACGUGGGCUCCAGACCCGGCCGCCGCCGGUCGGUCCGCCCGUUGGUCGGUCGGUCAGUUGGUCGGUGGGUCAGUGGCCUGCAGUUCUGCUCUCAACUCUCAUGUUCGGAAGUGGGAGGGACCCGGGAGUGGUCCGCACACCUGAGCCGCCCGGAGAGGAACCCUUCACGCAGUAAGAGAAGGAGGAGACUGAGCCUGGAGAAGGAGUCAUGGCUUCUGAGGCCAGCCAUGCACUGGAAGCUGCCCUGGAGCAGAUGGACGGGAUCAUCGCAGGUACGAAAACGGGUGCAGAUAUUAGCGACAGUACCUGUGACCCUGGAUUGACCUCGCCGGCCUCCUACUUGAAUCCCUUCCCAGUGCUGCAUCUCAUUGAGGACCUGAGGCUGGCCCUGGAGAUGCUGGAGCAUCCUCAGGAGAGAGCAGCGCUCCUGAGCCAGAUCCCGGGCCCCACAGCUGCCUACAUAAAGGAGUGGUUCGCAGAAAGCUUGUCCCAGGUAAAUCACCACAGUGCUGCUAGUAAUGAAACAUACCAGGAACGCUUGGCACGUCUAGAAGGAGAUAAGGAGUCCCUCAUAUUACAGGUGAGUGUCCUCACAGACCAAGUGGAAGCCCAAGGAGAGAAGAUUCGGGACCUGGAAGUAUGUCUCGAAGGACACCAGGUGAAACUCAAUGCUGCUGAAGAGAUGCUUCAACAGGAGCUGCUGAGUCGCACAUCUCUUGAGACUCAGAAGCUCGAUCUGAUGACUGAAGUGUCUGAGCUGAAGCUCAAGCUGGUUGGCAUGGAGAAGGAGCAGAGAGAGCAGGAGGAGAAGCAGAGAAAAGCAGAGGAGUUACUGCAAGAGCUCAAGCACCUCAAAAUCAAGGUGGAAGAGUUGGAAAAUGAACGGAAUCAGUAUGAGUGGAAGCUGAAGGCCACUAAGGCUGAGGUGGCCCAACUGCAAGAGCAGGUGGCCCUGAAGGAUGCAGAAAUUGAGCGUCUGCACAGCCAGCUCUCCCGGACUGCAGCUUUCCACAGUGAUCAUGCAGAGAAAGACCAAGAAAUUCAACGUCUGAAAAUUGGGAUGGAAACUUUACUUAUUGCCAAUGAAGAUAAGGACCGUCGGAUAGAGGAGCUCACAGUGCUGUUAAACCAGUACCGAAGGGUGAAGGAGAUCGUGCUGGCAACUCAAGGUCCUUCAGAGAGAAGUCUUUCAAUCAAUGAGGAAGAGCUGGAAGGAAGUUUCAGAAAACGGAAUACUACAAAUAAAGGUCCCGAGGAAUUAUUUAAACCAGAGUUGCCUCCAAGAUGUAGCUCUCCCAUAGGGGAGCCACCUCCACUUCCUCAGAAAUCACUGGAAACCAGGGCUCUGAGGAAACACUCCUGCAGUCUAGAAGACUUGAGAAGUGACUCUGUGGAUAAGUGUGCUGAUGGGAACAAACUCUCCCCAGUGGGAGAGCCCAAGCAGGACAGCCCUUUCCCGGUGGAGCACAAAUACCCCACGUUGCCUGGGAAGCUUUCAGGAGCCAUGCCCAAUGGAGAUGCUGCCAAAUCUACUCCCCUUGCCUCUCAGCCUGACCCCACAGAAAACAGCCUGCUGAGGCUGAAUCGUGGCCGGAGUGUCAGUGCCCCCGUAUUAGGAGACACAGAAAGUGGUUGGGAUGACACUACUAUGGCCAAUGACUUCUCCUCCACGUCGUCUGGCACUGAGUCGGGCCCCCAGUCUCCCGUGACACCAGAGGGUAAACGGAGCCCCAAAGGCAUCAGGAAAUUCUGGGGAAAAAUCCGGAGAACUCAGUCAGGAAAUUUCAACACUGAUGCCCCUGGAGUGGCAGAAUUUCGACGAGGAGGGCUCCGGGCAACUGCAGGGCCAAGACUCUCUAGGACCAGAGACCCGAAGGGUCAGAAAAGUGACGCCAAUGCCCCCUUCGCCCAGUGGAGCACAGAACGCGUGUGUGCAUGGCUGGAGGACUUCGGCCUGGCUCAGUACGUGAUCUUUGCCAGGCAGUGGGUGACUUCUGGCCACACUUUACUGACAGCUACCCCUCAGGACAUGGAAAAGGAGCUAGGAAUUAAGCACCCUCUUCAUAGGAAGAAGCUGGUUUUAGCAGUAAAAGCCAUCAACACAAAGCAGGAGGAGAAGUCUGCACUUCUAGACCACAUUUGGGUGACACGUUGGCUUGAUGAUAUCGGCUUACCCCAGUACAAAGACCAGUUUCACGAAUCCAGAGUUGACGGGCGCAUGCUGCAAUACUUAACUGUGAAUGAUCUACUCUUCUUAAAAGUCACCAGCCAGCUACAUCAUCUCAGCAUCAAAUGUGCCAUUCACGUGCUGCAUGUCAACAAGUUCAACCCCCACUGCUUGCACCGGCGGCCAGCCGAUGAGAGUAACCUUUCUCCUUCAGAAGUUGUGCAGUGGUCCAACCACAGGGUGAUGGAGUGGUUGCGAUCUGUGGACCUGGCAGAGUAUGCACCCAACCUCCGUGGGAGUGGCGUCCAUGGAGGUCUCAUCAUCCUGGAGCCACGCUUCACGGGGGACACCCUGGCUAUGCUUCUCAACAUCCCACCACAAAAGACGCUUCUCAGACGCCACCUAACUACCAAAUUCAAUGCUCUGAUUGGGCCCGAGGCUGAACAGGAAAAACGAGAGAAAAUGACCUCACCAGCUUACACCCCACUGACCACCACAGCAAAAGUGCGACCAAGGAAACUGGGAUUUUCACAUUUUGGAAACAUAAGAAAAAAGAAGUUCGAUGAAUCGACGGACUACAUUUGCCCAAUGGAGCCCAGUGACAGCGUCCCUGACAGGGUCUACGGUGGCUACCGGGGCCUCAGCCCACUCGAUGCCCCUGAAGUGGAUGGGCUGGACCAGAUGGCAUCUUCGGAAGGCACUGUGACGCAGAUAGGGCUCCUCUCCCAAGACAUCCACCGCCUCACGACCAUGCUGAGCCAAGACCAGAUGCUGAACGACUCUCGCCUGGCGGCUCCCGACUCUGAGGACUGGAGAUGAGUUCUUCAUGGCUGAGCGCCCAGAGAGGCACGUGUGGGGGCCCCGAGGCUUGCUUCAUGGGGGAGCUGGCACACAGCCACUUCACAGCCCAGACGGAGGCAGGCGGGGCAUCUCGGACGUGCGUGCUGACGGGAGGAGAUGGGGCUGUGGACAGAUGUCCAGGAGGUGGCCCCAGCGCCCCUGUGUUUUCAGUCAUACUGUGCUCUUCACCACAGCUUUUAUACCUUUUGUACUUUUAUACCAGACUGCAGACCACGGGUGCACAGAGGGCAGUGAGGUGUCAGCUCAGACUCAAUGGCUCAUGCCGCUCCUGGUGACAGCUGGGAGGUUCUCACACCAAAGGGGAAGGUCUGUGAGUUCAUAAAAGCUCUGCUGGAAAAAAUAUUCUGAAAGUGUU